GCAGUAUUUUCCGAAUUUCAUUUUAUUGUUUUAAGAGUUAUGAGAAAGGCCUCAUAACUGUAUUUAAAUAAAAUGAAAUUCGGAUCUGAAAUGUUUCAAGUGUUUUCUCAAAAUUUAUGUUAACAUAGAGAAUUUGAAUUCGAACUUGAAUUAUGUUCAAUCCAUUUCAGUGAAAUCUUAUUUGGCUUAUUUGGACCACCUGGUCCCUACCAGGCAGCAUCCUAAUGGGCAAAUAGUCACCGGAUAAUUUUUUUCAAUUCGUCAUAUUUUGUUGAAAAGGACCAGCUAAACAAUAAAGUCCAUAGGUUACACUCAAUCAUAUGACAGAUGUCGAAGUUGUAAAAUGGCAUUUCUUAAAAGUAACAUUUCUCGUAGAAAAAUAUGUAGAAUGCAACACUUUUGCGCAAGAAAUAAGUACUGGUUACCCAUUAGAUUGCCAGAGGAUAUAUAUCAAACGGCAAAGGUUGCAAAGGUGCUAUUACUGCUCAAUGAGGGAAAAGGAAAAGAGUUCAAAGGAAAGAGCCUCGCAGAUAUUGAAAUCUCCGAAGAUUUGUUGGAAAUUGAACAGAAAGAAGAUAACAAAGACGAAGAGUGUGAGAAGGAAGUGAAUGAAAAAGAAACCAAUAGUCAAACAGACCAUAACAAAAAUACAAUGAGUCAAAUGGAUUACGAAAAUAUGAAUGACGUGGAUUGCGAAGAUAUGAAUGGAAUGGAUUGCGGAGAUAUGAAUGAAAUGGAUAGCGAAAAAACAAGUAAUACAUUUCAAUCAAACAGCUCUUCAACUGACGUGGUCACUAAAAGUAAAAAAGCAAAACAGAAACGCCAUAUAUGGUCAGGAGAGGAGAAGCAAUUAGUACUCAAACACUUCCAGAAUCAUGUGAGGAACAAGAAGCCUCCUAGAAAACAUGAAUGUAUUGAUUUCAUUUCCAAGCAUUCACCAAGUUUUCAGAAUGAUGACUGGGUUAGAAUUAAAACCCUGGUAUAUAACGAAUACCGGCAAAAAUAGAUUGAUAUUGAAAGUAUUGUAUUGAGACUGAGAAGUAUUUAUUUUAUUUUUGUUUUGUACAUCAAGUUUUUAUUAUUGUUAUUUUUUCAAUGAGUUUUUUUGAUCACGUUUUGUUAUACCUUGUUUGCAGACGUGCAGUUAUGUGAUAUUUUGUUUUUUAUUAUAUUUUUUUUUCAAUGAGUUUUCUAAUCAAUUUUUGUUAUACCUUGUUUGCAGACUUGCAGUCAUGUGCUAUUUUGUGUUUUUAUUAUAGUUAUUUUUUUAUGAGUUUUUUUUUAAUCAAGUUUUGGUAUACACCCUGUAUGCAGACUUGCAGUUAUGUGAUGUUUUGGGUUUUUAUUAUAUAUUUUUGUUUUCAAUUAGUUUUUUUAAUCAAUUUUUGUUGUACCUUGUUAACAGACUUGAAGUCAUGUGAUAUUUUGUGUUUUUAUUUUAGUUAUUUUUUCAAUGAGUUUUUCUAAUCAAGUUUUGUUAUACCUUGUUUGCAGACCUAGUUAUGUGAUGUUUUGUGUUUUUAUUAUAGUUAUAUAUUUUU